AUGGUCAAGCGAUUAUUAAUUCGUGCUGGAACUUCCUACAACCCAGAGGAGUCACAGGUGGUUCCGGUGAAUUCAGGAAAAGCUGUUUCGGUAGAAAGUGAUAUUGGUUUGUUCAAAAUUUUGAUUAGUAUCAAGAACUUUGAUGGUGCAAAACCACAUGUUGCAAACAGUUUUUACAACUUGGGCGAUGGAAAGUAUCUCAAUGGAGAAUCAGCAAACACCACAGAAUCCUCAGAAACCUCUCCUCUUCCAAAUCUUAGGUUGGACGUGAAAUUCACACCCAAAACCGCCAUCAAAGGGUCUGAACUUUUGUUCGGAAACGACUUUACAAUUCCCAUUAAGGAGUAUGUUCCCACCACACUUUUGUCCACGGGACUCCGGUUUUUCACCUGGUUCAUCAAUGGCACCGUCAAGGGCGAUAUAUAUGGCGAAAAGCCGUAUCUUUAUUCUCCAGCCCUCAACAGCUUCACCUAUAUGGGGGUCGAUUUGGAUAAGAAAAAUCCCAAGGAAAACCUCAAUUCCAACACAGAUAACAUCUUGACCAUCCCAGACAACCCUCCUGAGCGUAAAAAGUUCUUUACCAAACUCAGUCAUUGUGAAGAUUUUGUCUAUAAUGAUGCUGCAACCUACACCCUUCAAUUCGACACCAACUUUGUCAAAAUGGCCGAUUCCAAGUAUUCUGUGAGUAUUCCCACCUACGGUAACAGCACGUUUGACAUUGAUGUUCUUCGUUACGCCAACGAAAAAUUGGACAACUUUAACUGGACCAUCAAGCAGGGAGGACAAGAUGGAGUGGGCCAUGGCCGGCUUGGAUUAAUUGUCAAUUUUGCAUUGCGCGAUGAGUAA